AUGGACAGGGAGAACAAGCCGGAGAAGACCAUUCACCACAUCACCCAUCUCCACCCCUUGAAGCUCACCGAUCUGCAAGGAGACGAAGCGAAGCCCGUCUGCCACGCGUGCCGCCAUCCUUGCGCCGCCUCGGCCUACCGGUGCGAGCGGUGCCGCUACGUUCUCGACCCGACCUGCGCUCGGCUGCCGCAAGUCCCCCGCCACCCCACCCUGCCCAUCCCUCCCACCCUCUCACCCUCCAUCUCUUGCCGGCGUACUCCACCGGCGCCUUCCUUUGCAACGCGUGCGGCCAGAACGGAGCCGCCUUCUGCUUCCACUGCGCUCGCUUGGCUUUACAUCUGCAGGGCUUGCGAUUUCGGCGGCCACAUCAGCUGCUUCGUGUCGGGGACGAAGCCCGCGGAACAGGCCACCGCUGCCCAACGACAGAUCGAUCCGGCGGCGGCGCUGUCCGGGAUGCAGCAGAAGCUGAUGGCUCAGAUGUUCAUGGCAGACACGAUGGCGCAGACGGGGAGGAACGCGGUGGCGUUGACGGGAGGACCUCGAGAGUACGUUUACUAUAAUUCGGCGCUGCUACCGAGCCAGUACGCUGGCAUGGCCGAUUCAAUGGUGAUGAACAAUCUGGCAUUGUUAUCUCUGAACGAUCAGAAGACUGGUGGUGGUGGUGGUGGUCCGGCUGGUGGAGAUGUGGCAAGUUCUGCUGGGAAUACAUCCACUCUGUCAUAG